AUUCCUGAUUUUUUGGUUACGUUAUGAGAGUCGAGUGGAAAAGAGAGAGUAUUAUUUAUCGGUGGCCUCAAAAUUCUUUCAACUUUAACUUUAUUGUUUUUUUUUCAUUUUUUAUCUGAUCUUUGUAGAUUUGUUAACAUUUGUUGUGUUUUCCACUUUGUGAUUAUUACUAGAUUCGUUUAAAAAGAAAAACGUCGUAUUGAUUAACCUUAUACUGUAGUGCGUAUUAUCAGCUGCGCAACAAUAAUUUUGAUUCAUAAUUUACAGUUUUCUAUUCAGCUUUCUUUCUUCGUCUUCAGAAAAGGAAAAUAAUCUUCAAGAUACAUAAUGUCCGUGCUAAACCAAGGCGGCGAAGAGCCGGUCGAAUGUCCAUUAUGUAUGGAACCUUUAGAGGUGGACGAUUUGAAUUUUUUUCCAUGUACUUGCGGAUAUCAGAUAUGUCGAUUUUGUUGGCAUCGUAUUCGUACCGAUGAAAAUGGAUUGUGUCCGGCUUGUCGCAAAGCUUACCCCGAAGAUCCUGCUGAUUUCAAACCCUUGUCCAAAGAAGAUUUCGCUCGCAUCAAAGCCGAGAAACGUCAGAAAAAUCAACAAAAGAAACAAAAAAUCACAGAGAAUAGAAAGAGUUUAGGGAAUGUUAGAGUAGUGCAAAGGAAUUUAGUUUUCGUUUUGGGUCUACCAACGAGAUUGGCAGAUGCCGAGGUGUUGAAAAGGCACGAAUACUUUGGAAAAUUCGGUAAAAUAUUAAAAGUUGUAGUUAAUCAAAGCACAUCGUAUGCCGGUAAUCAGGGUCCAUGCGCCAGCGCGUACGUAACGUAUUCCAGAUCAGAAGACGCUCUAAGAGCGAUUCAAGCAGUUAAUAAUAUUUCUGUCGACGGACGCGUUAUAAAAACGUCUCUCGGCACUACGAAAUAUUGUUCGCAUUUCAUGAAAAAUCAACAGUGUCCGAAAACAGACUGCAUGUAUCUGCACGAAAUGGGUGAUCCGGAAGCUAGUUUUACGAAAGAAGAAAUGCAACAAGGUAAACAUCAAGAAUUUGAGAAGAAACUGCACGAUCAUCUGAUAAACAGCACUCAACAAACUGUACAGGCACAACAAGUGCAGCAGAAUAGAAAACCGACUCCGUCGCCUCCAUCCGUUCAAUUAUCGGCUUGCGUGAAUCAAUACUCAUCAUCGAACAGUUCGCCAAACCUUCAAAAUGUCUCGCCUGGUACACCGUCGAACAGCAGCAGCAGCAGUCGAAAUUCGCCUACCGUUCUCGCAUCCAAUUCGAACACGUGCAAUUCGGUUACAACGUCCACGCCAACGCCGCACCAGCAACCUACGAAUGCGGUGGCUAUCCCUAUCGCCACUUCACCCAAAGAACACUGGCCCUCGUUAAGGCCGUACUCGCCAGCAAAUUCAAACUACGAUGAUUCCAUUAACGACACCAAGGAGCAAAAUACGUGUACAUUGUCGGAUACUUCGGAUAGCGCCGAAAAUUACUCCGAUUCGAGUACAAAAAAACACAAUCCCAAGCACAGUAAAAAAAGAUACGCAAGCGAACGAAAAAUCGAAGAACCCGACCUCGCAUUAUAUUCUGAUACGUCGGAUUCGUUGGAAACGCAAACUUCAGAUAUGCUGCAGUCAGUUAUCGUUAAAAAUCAAUGUAAUCCAGAAAUCGCUCAGUACACUAUCCGUUUAGACAAUUCAGACGUGGAAGAUUUACCAACGGUAGAUAAUCACAGUCAACAAAAUUCAUGUACGUCAUCUACGGUUGCUACAAGAACCUUCGAUAAUGUUCAUAUUGAUAAUAAUACGUCAUUUUUCUCGUCAUACAAUUUCCGUUGUAAUUCAAACGGUAAUUCUAAUACAUCACAUAACGAAUGGUUACUAAAUGGAGAGCCUCACAUGCCAGACGUUUUGCCUCCUGUGCAUUCUUCCGAAGAUUGGCAAGCAGCUUUUGGUUUCGGCACUGAUCACAACGGCGAAAUAACGGACGAUUCUGUUUAUCGUAAUGACGACGAUCUGGGCUUUGAUCCGUUCACUGAGACACAGAAGGCUUUAGCAGAAAUGAUAGAAAAUGAAAAACAAACAUGCGGAUAUUAUUAUCACAAUAAUAAUAGUAAUAGUAAUAAUAAUAAUAACAAUAACAAUCAUAACAGUAGUAAUAUGAUGAAUAAUAAUAACAACAACAACAACCACAACCACAAUAGCGUGUAUCAAAAAAGAUUUAUUGCAGUGCAGCAAAACAACAGGCUAGCAGCCAACUGUACAAAAUUAUUAGACGAGCUCCGAAUAGGAAAUAUUCCUCCCAGAACGCAUAUACCGCCUCCUGGAUUUUCCAACUCUGCAAAUCACAUGAAUGCAUUUGGAUUAGGCAUUCCACGUACUGGUAACAAAAUUCUGCCGUUUACGCAACAAACUCUAACAGCCUUCCAACAACACACUUCGCCAGCGACCUGGGAUUGGCCGUCAUUAGAUCCAGCUAUCGUCAGUGCGACAGCUCAACAUUGUGAUUUAUAUGCCACACAGCCACCGCCUGGCUUUACAUUAACUCCUACAAUAGAUAGCAAAUACAUGUUCAACAAUUACAUUUAAUCUUUUGGCACCAAUUACCUCCCCCCCCCCCCCUUUAUCCUCUUCCUCAUUUUUUUUCUAUCUUGUGUUGGACGUGUGUCGGAAGGAAGUGACGAUUAUUUGAAAAAAGUGAUAUAUAUUUUCUUUUGUACAUGCUGGAACCGUCAAAUUCUGCAGUUUUUGUUCGAUGAGAAUUCAUCUAAAAAUUAUUCGUUUCAAUUUCUUUGUUUUUUUCUUCCCUUUUUUCAUUACCGUUCCUCUCCUUUGAAAUAAUUCAUAAAUCGUCGAAGAAUGUAAAAAUUCUACCUCGUGUGUCUGUAGUCUGUCAAUCUGACGGUUUUUUCAUUCAAAUCCAGCUUGUGAAUUAAUGUGAAAGAUCAGAUUAAAUACUUGCAUCAUAAAAAUGAUUUUGUCAGCUUAAAAGCAAACUUUUAUUUAUUUAUUUAAAAAAUAUAUAUAUAUAUAUAUUACUUGAUUUAUAUUUUGAAAGUGCUAAUGAAUCCCUUUAUGUUAUUAUUUAAAUAUAUAUUUUUGUCAACGAACAGUAUGAUUUACUUUUAUGGUGCAAUUAUUUAGUGUUACUAUUUCUAUGUAUUUUUCUUCCUGAAUUCUAAAUAUACAAACAUAUUUGUCGCAA